CUCAGGCUGAGGAAUCAUAAGAACCAUCAAAAUGUUCGCAAAGAUCGUCAUUAUUUGUGUAGUUUUGGCAGCUGCUCACGCUGUUAUUUUGGGACAAGGAAGAUUGGGACCAUCCGCAAUUGCAGCUGGUGGCCAUGGAAUAGAUAGAAGAGCUAUGAUUGGCCCUGUUUCUGCGGCUCUUGCUGGAUAUACUAGUCUUGGAGCUCUUACUGGUGGUUAUGGAAUUGGAGCCCCUUUAGGUUAUGGUGGUCAUGAAGCCAUUGCCAAUAGAGGUAUUGGUGGUUAUGGAAUUGGUGCCCCUAUUGGGUAUGGAGGUCAUGGAGCCAUUGUCGGUAGAGGUAUUGAUGGGUAUGGAAUUGGCGCCCCUGUCGGUGCAGCUGCUACCGGAUAUGGUGGUCAUGGAGGCAUUGCUGGAAGAGGAAUCGGUGGUUAUGGAAUUGGUGCCCUUGGGAGCAUCGGCAUGGGCAUUGGAAAUGGCUACUAAAAGGUUCAUCAGUGCAAUACAUUAAUUUCGAAUAACUUUAUUUGGCAUUUCGUUUUCAUUGUUAUGUUUUAAUAUAUAAGGAUUAAU